AUGUAUAUUGUUAGUAAUUUGUCACAAACUUUCCGUUUUUAUCGAGUUACCCUUGAAUCGAUCCCUGCUACAUGGAAGCCCGUUCGUGUGAAGAUCGUGAAGAAUAGACAUGGAUUUGGUGCAUGCGAAGUGAAGCAGAAACUUGGGGCUUCCACCAUCGACAGAGCCAAAUUUCACCGUCACAGAAUCGAAUAUCCCGGUGCCGGUUUUCAGGGACAUGUCAAACGGGCGGCAGGGUUCGUUCGGCCUGUAUCUAAACUUAAACAGCGGGCCCGAUCGAAGCCCGACUCUGAAGCUGAUUGA